AUGGAGAAAUCAUUCAAGAAAUCGAAAGAUAAGCCAGGUCAGGAGUUAUAUGAGGAGCUUUCUGUUAAGUUCAGUUCUUCUCAUCACCGUUCUGAAAAGCCUCCCAUAAAAUGGGAACAGGUGCAAGCUUGGUUUCAGAACAAACAAACAGCUUUGUCAGCUGAAGUUGUUCCUUCUUCAGCCGAUGAACCAAAGGUUGGUUCAAAGGCGGUGAUAACUGAAAAAAGAACUAAAGCACCAACGAUUUCUGCCAGUGAAGCAGCUAAAGUGCUCCCAGACCUGAUUUUUGAAGCUCAAUCAGCUAAGGAUAAUGCAUGGUGA